AUGCUAAAAAUUAUUCUACCAACAAUCAUACUCAUCCCAGUCACCUGACUAUCAAAAAACUCACUAUUAUGAAUCAACACCUCCUGCCACAGCUUACUCAUCGCACUAAUCUCCCUACCCACCCUCAACAAACUAGACAUUAAUAGCCACAAUUUCUCAACAAACUUCUUCUCAGACUCCCUGUCAUCUCCACUAGUAAACCUUACAGUAUGACUCCUACCCCUAAUAAUCAUCGCCAGCCAGCACCACAUAAAAAACGAACCCGCCGUCCGAAAAAAACUAUACCUCUCACUACUAAUCACACUACAGGCCCUACUUAUCAUAACAUUUACAACCUCAGAAAUAAUAAUAUUCUACAUUCUAUUCGAAGCCACACUAAUCCCAACUCUAAUUAUCAUCACCCGAUGGGGAAACCAAGCGGAACGAAUAAAGGCAGGACUAUAUUUCCUUUUCUACACUCUCACCGGAUCCCUACCACUUCUAGUAGCUCUAACUUACCUAAAAAAUUACCUAGGCUCACUGAACUUUAUACUAUUCAGCUACAAAGCAUCUCCCCUUUUACCCACAUGAUCCAACAGCAUACUAUGACUCGCCUGCAUCAUAGCAUUCAUAGUUAAAUUUCCAUUAUACGGCCUACACCUAUGACUACCAAAAGCCCACGUAGAAGCCCCCAUCGCCGGCUCAAUAGUACUAGCCGCCAUCCUACUGAAACUAGGAGGCUACGGAAUAAUACGAAUCUCGCAACUCCUAGAGCCCCUCACAACCUCAAUGAGCUACCCAUUCAUCUUAUUAUCCCUAUGAGGAAUAGUUAUAACGAGCUCCAUCUGCCUACGGCAAACAGACCUAAAAUCCCUUAUUGCCUACUCCUCCAUCAGCCACAUAGCCCUUGUAAUCACAGCUAUCCUCAUUCAAACACCAUGAAGUUAUAUAGGAGCCACAACCUUAAUAAUCGCCCACGGCCUCACAUCAUCCCUCCUAUUUUGCCUAGCAAACUCCAACUACGAACGCACCCAUAGCCGAACCAUAAUCCUAGCUCGCGGACUACAAACCAUCCUUCCCCUAAUAGCGCUCUGAUGACUCCUCGCUAGCUUUACUAACCUCGCUUUACCCCCAUCAAUCAACCUAGUAGGAGAACUAUUAAUCAUCACUUCAACCUUCUCUUGGUCAAACUUCACAAUCAUCUUGACCGGAAUAAACGUGCUCAUCACAGCACUAUACACACUAUACAUGCUAAUUUCCACACAACGAGGCACACCUCCCCACCACAUCAUCAACCUUCCCCCUUCAUUCACACGAGAAAACACACUAAUAACACUCCACCUACUCCCCCUGCUACUAAUAACCCUCAACCCUAAAAUCAUCAUGGGAAACCUAUUCU